GCUUCCUGGCUUAGUGUACAUUAUUUCCUGUUUUCCAGUAGGAGAUUGUCCAAAAUGUAUGACUACACCAUUUAAUUGAACUUGACAGUAACAGUUUUUGUUUGACAGUUAUUUAUUUUUCGAUAGCCUAGUUUUGCUGUCGCAAGUAGCUACGUUGACACUUGCUAGCAAACAUUUGUUGUUGUAAACUACUCCGGGAGGCUAUCGAGCUAGCUAGUCGACGACAAGAUGGGCUCCAUACUUAGUCGGAGAAUCGCUGGUGUUGAGGAUAUUGAUAUCCAGGCCAACUCCGCGUAUAGAUUCCCUCCUAAAUCAGGAAACUAUUUUGCCAGCCAUUUCUUUAUGGGAGGGGAGAAAUUUGAUACUCCACAUCCAGAAGGAUACCUGUUUGGAGAGAAUAUGGAUCUAAAUUUCCUUGGAAACAGACCAGUACAAUUUCCAUAUGUGACUCCAGCACCCCACGAACCUGUCAAGACCCUCCGUAGUCUGGUCAACAUCAGGAAGGACUCGCUCCGAUUGGUCAGGUACAAAGAUGAUUCUGACACUCCAACCGAAGAGGGUGAGAAGCCCAAGGUUCUGUAUGGUGUGGAGUUCACCUUUGAUGCUGAUGCUCGUGUAGCUUUCACCCUGUACUGUCAAGCCUUUGAGGAAUUCUCCAAUGGGAUGGCAGUUUAUAACCCAAAAGGUCCAGGGAUGGUCUCUGAAACUGUACACUAUAAAAGAGGUGUAAGCCAGCAGUUCUCCAUGCCAUCUUUCAAAAUUGAUUUCUCAGAGUGGAAAGAGGAAGAUCUAAACUUUGACCUCGACAGAGGCGUGUUUCCUAUGGUAAUCCAAGCUGUGGUUGACGAAGGGGAUGAUUGCCUGGGACAUGCUCAUGUGCUGUUGGCAGCAUUUGAGAGACAUGUAGAUGGCAGUUUCUCGGUCAAGCCUCUGAAGCAGAAGCAAAUUGUGGACCGUGUCAGCUACCUGCUGCAGGAGAUCUAUGGGAUUGAAAACAAAAACAAUCAAGAGACAAAGCCAUCUGAGGAUGAGAACAGUGACAACAGCAACGAGUGUGUCGUUUGUCUGUCUGACCUCCGAGACACGCUCAUCCUGCCCUGCCGACACCUCUGUCUCUGUAACUCCUGUGCUGACACUCUGCGCUACCAAGCCAACAACUGUCCUAUCUGCAGACUGCCCUUCCGAGCUUUGCUGCAGAUCCGAGCCGUGAGGAAGAAGCCCGGGGCGCUGUCCCCUGUGUCCUUCAGCCCCGUGCUGGCCCAGAGCAUGGACCAUGAUGAACACUCGAGCUCAGACUCCGUCCCUCCAGGUUUCGAGCCCAUCUCCCUGCUGGAGGCGCUGAAUGGCCUGAGCUCCGUGUCUCCCACCAUCCCCUCAGUCCCACUCUAUGAUGACAUCAACUUCUCAGGGGUGAUGGGAGGGGACGGCAGGCAGCCGGGCUCCCCUGAGCACUCCGGGGAUGGAGGCCUGCAGAAGGGCAAAGUCAGCAAGUCACCUGACAGCAGCACCCUGAGGUCUCCGUCCUCGCCCAUCCAGGAGGAGGACGAGGAGAAGCUGUCGGAGAUGUCAGACGCCCAGCCUCACACCCUGCUCUCCGGCAGCCCCGCUCCCACAGAGGCCACAGCAGCUGAGGACGUAGCAGACUCCCUCUCCCCAGAUGACGAGGACAGGCUGCACUCUGGAGGAGAGAUCCUGCAGGACAGCAUCAGUGAGCACAGCAGCCUGACCAAAACAGAGAGUGACCCCCCAGGUGACCUCUCUCUGCCAGCUCUAGGUCCUGAUUCCUGCUCUAUUGGUAUGGAGGAAUAACUGUGGAUCUUCCGAGUCCACAGACAGUCUGAAGAGUCAAAGCACCAACUGCUCCAGUCAGCCUCUCCUGUGUCCCCCCAGCAGCCUCCACAUGGAGGAUGAGCAGCUUGACCCCUAAGUCAUUCCGGACCCCCCCCCGACGCCCCUCCUCCCCGUUGAGCCCCCCUACUCAGCCCAGGAUCAUGUCCUCUCACACUCAAGCAUUCCCCUCCUUCCUUGGUCUGCUGUGCUGUCGGCUAGCACCGUCCGGGUCUUUUACCCCGUCACGAUCUCUCUUUCACGGUCACUGCAUUUGGGAUAGGAAAGCCAGGUUUUACUGUGUCCCACUGUACUUUGUGAUUUGGGGAAAAAGAAACUGUUUUGUUAGGUUGGCCUUGGAUGUGUGUGAAAGUGUUUUUGUGUCUCUGGCAUGAGUUGGGUCUGGCUUUGUUGUGGGAAGUUGCAGUUGGAUUUCAGAGACUAUCACUACCCUGAUAUGGUGGUGCUUCAAGCACACUUACUUUCAAUACUUUAACCUGGCUCCAUUAUAUUCUUAUUGCUUGACACUAAUAUAAUAAGAGUUAAUGGAUAGCAUUCCGACUUGAUAACUAUAUUAAUCGAUAAAAAUAAGCAAGUCCUUGUUAAAAUGUAAUUGUUUUUAGGCAGUUUAAUAGUAAGGAACCGUACCUGGUGUUAACCCUGGUUAACUUCAGACAUUUUCAAAACAGAUGACACUCUAUUUGAAGUGAUUUCAUGCUGUCUUUUUUAAAAUACUUUGUCUGUGAUCCAUUUCACCUGAUCAUUUUGAACUUUACAAUUUCUCGAGAAGUCAAUGGGAUCAAUUUAAGUUGUCUCUAAUCUCAAACAUCUACAUGUAUGCUUUUUAUACUGAAUAGUGUGAUAUCUAUGUAUUAUACCUGUACUAGAAUCCUGUGUAGUCAAACCUGUAUAUUUGUGUACAAUGCAGUAGAAACUGAAGUUAUAGAUCAAAGGCACAGACACAUGUACAUCACCAUUGACUGAUUGAUUGAAUACUACAGGGGCCAUGGAGUAUUGACAUGCCUACAGCUGAACACAAAGAUAUUCCCUGCAACAAGUGAUUAUGCUAUGCUAACUUUAUUGUCCAGUGUGUUUGUCUUAGAUGUGGACGAUCUCUGUGCAGUCUUUCAGUGGCUUCAAGUCAAUGCCAGCAUCUGCUUAAUGAUGUGCAGUAGCUACAGGAUGGGUUAACAGUUGCCUGGCAAAAUCAAUGCCCUCUAGGAGUUUUUAACUCUUGCACUGUCUGACUUUGGUCCUGUCAGUAUCAUCCUGUAUGCAUAGAUCUAUGUGCCUUGAAUAGCUAACUGAUUUGGCUGUGUUGCACUGGGCUGUUAUUGUGAUAACUAGUAGAGGAUACACUGCAAUGAAACCUGUAGCCUAGUUUUUUUUUACAUUGGCUGAAAGAGUAAAUGUAGGAUUUUAAUCAGUGUAGUUCUUGCCAGAGCUCUAUUGGUUCCCUACUAUUUUGGAUACAUGUACCAAUAAUACCUAAAAACUGAACGGUCUUAUGUUGUCAGUGAAUAUUGUUGAAAUUAUUUUGGGAUUAUGUAUAUUGUCCAAUGCAACAUGAAGUAAAACUGUAUAUUAAUAAUCAAGACAGCUUUUGCAUGUGUUCCUGAAUGGAGUGGCGUCUGCAUUGGAUAGCCUACUGUUAAUUUGUCCCUUGCUCUACUCUGAUUAUGUGCCAUUUCAACUUUGAUACAGUGUGCCUUGUCCCUGUUCUAAUUAUUAUUGACCUGGUAUCCAGGAUAACACCAGACUGGGUGAUUCAUGGCUCUCAGUAAAUUCAAUCUUUGUCUGUCCCUGUGUGUAUAUCUGCAUGUGUAAAACAAUAAAACUCAUUAAUGUUC